AUGACUACGCAAGCCUCUGAUUCCACGUCUGCUUCGUCAAAUGAACGCACCAAAACUGUUACAUCGAGCGAAAACAUUUCAGCUUCCUCCGAGCGAGAAGUCUUGAUUUCCCUUCUCAACGCUCGAGAGCCAUAUUCUGAAGACGACUUGGACGACAUAUCGUUCGCCCUGUUCGAUGAUGAUGAGCUCGAAGAAUUUUACACUCUCUACGAUGAAGGCGGACUCCAUCCUGUUUCUUUGGGUGAUCAGCUUUCAGGAGGAAGAUACACCAUUGUCAACAAACUCGGUCAUGGAUCCUACUCCACUGUGUGGCUCGCGCAUGAUGAGCUGCUGAAUCGCAAGGUCGCCAUCAAAAUCACUGCUACGACGAAUGUCUGCGGCAAAGAUGGAUUUUCUUCGGAUGAGCCCGGUAUUCUUCGACAGCUAGACGACGACAAGACGCAACACCCAGGCAGUCGGAGCGUCCUUCGAUGUCUUGACCACUUCACCCUUCGGGGGCCAAACGGUCUUCAUCAAUGCUUCGUCAGCGACCCGAUCCGUGUCACGCUCGCGCAAACCAAGUUCAGAAGUGAGGGCUUAUGGACGUUUCCUGUCCAAGUCGCGCGGGCAAUCACUGCUCAACUCAUUCUUGGCGUUGCCUAUUUGCACUCCAAGGGCGUGGUGCAUGGAGACUUGCAUAUGGGAAAUGUUAUGCUGGACAUGCCUGAAGAAGAGCUGGCGAAGCUCUCUGUCAAGGAAGUGGUCACCAAGUACGGUUUACCCCGUCAGUAUCCCAUCGAGCUCUGCCAGGCCGGGGUCGACUUUCACGGACCGAUUCCCGAAAACGCUCCUCCGUACAUCAUCGGGGCCAUGUACCUCGGGGACAGCUGCGAGAAGCUGCGCCUCUGGGACUCAAAAGUCCUCAUCUCCGAUUUCAACGAAUCAUGGCAACCCGCAUUGAAGCAGAGAUAUCAUCUCAACACCCCUGCCAAGGCCUGCGCUCCCGAGGCCAUGGUUGCUGAAACGCUGAGACAGCCUAUUGGAUUUCCUGCCGAUGUUUGGGCAAUGGGCUGCAUCAUCUAUGAGUUGCUCUCGCCAAGGGAUGUUUUCGACCCGGUUUUCCCAAGCUUUGAGCUCGCCUGGUUGAGAAUGAUCAAUAUCCUCGGCAAACCCCCAAAGUCAUGGUGGGAUGCGUGGGAAGAACGAGCUGACUUUUUCGACGACGAGGGGAACUACAAGCCGAACAAUAAAAUUCCUCACAAGUACCUCCCUCAGCUUCUGGAAGAUGAACUUCUGGCAGGUAUUGAACGCAGAGAAGAGGAUAUCACAAGGGUGAGAAACAUCGGCAAGAAGAGAGACGACAACGCAAUCAUCUCAAAGGCAGACGCCUGUGGAGAUUUAUCGGCCGAGGAGAAGCAGGAUCUGGUGGCUCUCUUGAAGAAAAUCUUCUGUUGGCUGCCGGAGGAGCGGGCGACGGCUGAAGAUCUCGCCAACGGACCGUGGAUGAAGAAAUGGGGUUUGCCUGCGAUCGCGGCCAUGGAGCAAGCGUAUGCCGACAAGGCUAAGGAGAUACCGGUUACCACUUCUGCUAUGGCAGUGAACCAUGGAUACGGAGCAUUAUGGGCUAACGCCUGGGCGUCCGCAGCAGCGAGAGGGCUCGGUCUCUUUCUUGUCCAACUCUUUGAGAGGGCCACGUCGGCUGUGACUGCAGGGUGGUGGUAA